AUGAUUGUAGAUAAGCCAUAUUCAAAUCUUAAAGCAGCAGUUACAUUUUACCAGAAUGAUUUAAAAGGUUAUGAUGACAUUAUAAAAGUUGAAUAUCAAUUAUGGCAGUCGAAAUGGAACUUAGUUGAAUCUCGGCCAUCGACGGCUAUCGAAGCACUUCAUCAAUGUGAUCAACUAAUGUACCCAAAUAUGUAUGAGCUUCUUAAGAUACUAUCAAUACUUUCUGUUUCAACAGCAACUGCAGAGAGAAGUUUUUCAACAUUAAGGAGGUUGAAAGUCAUCUUCGAAACACAACAUCUGAAUCACGGCUUGUAG